AAUGCUACUGCAUUUGUUAUUAGCCUCAGUAAUAUUGUACUUGUGUGUACAUGUUUAUGUUUAUGAUGCAUGUAUUACUCCAGCAAGCCACAUGUGUGGGUUAGUGGACUAUGCUUUAGCAACUCCAAGUUUCAAUCGAUCCAUCGCGAAGACGCAGAAACUCUGCUUCAAGCUGUGUCUUGAUCAUCCCAACUGCAAGUCCACUAACUACUUCUUGAAGACACGCAAGUGUGCUCUCAACAAUGUAUCGCACUUGGACAGCUAUCAAGAGCUGAAGAUGGUGUCUGGCAGUUUCUAUGCUUUCACUGAGUCAAAGACUGACUGCACUGUGGGACCAAGCAACGGACUGACUACCAGUCUGGCUGAAACUACCAAAGUAUGGACUGAGCAAGAGUUAUCACUGAUUGGCAUGGCAAGUCAGCAGAGCUCAACUUAUGGUUUGACAAAAUAUACCGCUGAAAGAGCGAAUGACGGACACUUAAAUACGCAAAUGACUACAAGUCCCUAUUGUUCACACACAGCGCCAUCUAAGCAUCCAUGGUGGCGUGUUGACUUUGGAGGAAAACACUGGCUGGGACGGGUCACUAUUGUCAAUAGAGGUGACUGCUGCGGAGAUCGCUUGGAGGGGGCUGCUGUACGUGUGGGAAUCAGCUUUAACAUUACACGUAACAUGAUAUGUGGCUCUGCAGUCACUGCGGAUCAAGCCCUGGACGGGGCAUGGAUUGAAAGGAUCUGUGAUCCUCCAACUUUGGCACGUUAUGUUAGCAUAGAUGUUGACUAUGGGGAAAAUGCUAACCCACUUCAACUCUGUGAAGUAAUGGUCAUGGAAUACGUGUAGGGAGACAGUAAUUACCACUCAUGUCAGAAAUGAAGCACGAGUGCACAAAAAUUAAAACUAACCUAUUCUUCAAAUAAAAACAGUCAAGAUAACAAUGAUCUAACUUGAAAACAUAUAUCAUAUAUCUCAUAUCGGUCGCAGACUACAAUUUGUAAAGGUUAUUUCAAAGUCGAAAAAUUAUUGCUGUCUUGUGUGUGCCACAGGGAACAGGGACUUACCCUGUAGUUAAUUUUAACGAGUUGUGUGUGAAUUCUUUGCUUGUACCUCUCUUACCCAAAAUACGGUCAAGCAUGGUCUAAAGCUGUGGAAUUCCUUGGAUGUUUCUAAAAUGAUAUGGAAUCUUCAGUUAUUUAAACAAAAAUAUAAGGCCACUGGUCAAGCUACUAUUGCAAUUAGCAUGAUUACUGAUUAGUCUA